UCUUGCACCAUUUCCGCGCUCGCUAUUCUCCAAACUAGAGUUAUCGAUUUUUCGUCGAACUAUAUCAACGAAACGCGAACACGCGAAUAUGUAAAGGGGGGUUUCGAUACAAACAUCGUGAAGCCGGGGGCCGCCGCUGCCAUGAGUAUCAGCGUGAAACUAUCGCCGAGACCGCGCAGGCACAAACAAAAAGAGGACACGAAACAGCAGGAAAUGGUGGCUCAGGUACAUAAACAAAUAAUGCCGACCCAUACGAGUUCGGAUAACGAUCAUGUGACGUCGGAGGACAAUGUCGACGUCCCGAAAAGCGACAAGAACGAAAACUAUAGCGUAGUACAUACACCAAGCAGGGAAAUAUCUGUGGACGGGGAUGUCCAGAUCAAUUCCAAGAUUCUCUCGUUGAUCGAGACAGAAAUGAAACGGGACAUUAACAAGCACAACCAUUUUACGGAGUCGAGGCCGCAGAGUUUGAGUUUCUACGAGGACGAGAAGUUACCAGAAGAAUUGUCGGGCAAUUUGGAACUGCUGAGUCCCGAAGAGAAGAAACAUAUCAAAAAACGUCGCGACCUGUAUUCCCAGAUGGAUACGGAGGAGCGUAAUGCGUACAAUGUCAUCCAGGAUUUGUACGGCGCCAGGGAAGCGGAAGAAAUUCUCGGGCCAUCGGCAGUUAAAAAAACGAAGAAGAAGAAAAAAUAUGCGGAAGCCGAAAACGGAAUUGGCGACAGUAGGGAAAUGAUGAUACCGAAGGAGAAGAAGAAGACGAAAAAGAAAAAACGCGACGGCAGCCCCACCACAUCAAGUUACAGCAAACGGAAACAUAAAACCAAAAACAGGGAGGACGAUUACCAACUGAAGAACGAUAUCACGCUGGCGCUGGAGGAGCUUCAGGACGACGUGUUCGAGAACGCUCCCGAAGAACCUUCCUUCAAAAUGGACAAGGCAAGAAAAAGCCCGCGGAAAUCGGACAAGGUGUAUGUGCAGAAAAAGAACAAGUUCGAGGCGGUUCCAAGACAAAAUGGGAACCAUUUGAGCAGGCAGGCCGCGCAGGAUCUAGAUGAGAGCGUCGGCGAAAAAAGGUUUUCCUCGCAAUACCCGAUCCAAAUCGCAACCAAACACCAGAGGCGGUGGACGCGCGUGUCGAACCUCUGCCACGGCCUCCUCGGUGGCCUCGCCCUCGGUCACUGCCUGUACAUAACUUGCAAUUUCAGCAAGCAGGAUCGUUCGUUCCUCUUGCACUACGCCUACUACAGCGACAUCUACGUCGCUCUGUUUUUCGCACUGUGCGUGUUCUGUUUGGUGUCGGUUUUUGACAGGCUCGACGUCGGUCACAUCCAGUGGGUCGACCUAGGCGAAUUUGUGAGCGGGCGCAAGUCGUCGGUGGUUGUUGUCAUAUACGCGGCCUGCUUGAUUAUUCAUUUGUCGGCGACGCCUUACGACGAGAAAUUAUCGCUAAUGUCGUACGGCAAUCGGAGUACUACGACAUUGCUCAACGAAACGCAGAUAACCCCAGCAGAGUUGAACACGUGGAACCACUUAUCGUUAUGGAGGGCAGCGUUGGCGUUCGUUGCGUGGAUCAUUGUAGGCCUUUCGCCCUCCGAGGACAUGCUUUACAGUCAUUUGAAAGGCAUGGAGCAGUAUCUUCCUCACAUGUCUAACUACUAGUCCCGCGUAUUAAUCAGCGAGACGAUAAAAAAUAUAUCCGUCAAAAGACUGUUAAGUGUAUUAUACCGACCGAGCUAAUUAAAAAUU